AUGUCUCUUGAUUUACCGGAAUGCACAUCCGUUGUCGUUCAAAACAAUGUACAGGCAAUUCAACCAUCGUCAGAGUAUUUCGUUAUACCAACGCAUUCGUCUCCGAUAAUCGAUUCAACUAUAGAAAACAUUCGAAUCUUACAUGAUGAAUCAUUUCAAUCCUCCUCAACAUCGAAUUCAAAGGGUAGUAGUAGCAAUAGUAAAUCAUCAUCGUCAUCUGCAAAAAUGUUUCAUAGAAUUCAUCAAGCCAGUGAUUUCAAUUCGCCACUUAUGUUUUCACGAUGUACAUCGAUUGAUACAUUAUCGAGUUAUGGAAUUCAAUCUAUUAACGAAUCGUAUACAUCAGAGUGUAGUAGUGUAAAACCAUCCGGAAUUAUCUCACCAUCAGACUUACCAGCUUCACCAGGAGAAGAAAGUCCAACACACGGUAAUACAAACGCAACGUUAAUGAAUCAUACAGCAAAUUAUACAAUUAUUGAAAAAACUAUUCUUAUUCAGAAUUGUUCACGCGAGGAAAGUUUUUGUAGCUAUGCCGAUAUGGAUAAUCCAGAUGAGGUUAAAUUAUUUAAAUGCGAAGAUUCAGAAAUGCAUAGCAGACGACCAUUGAAUGCUGAUGUAAUGGAUAAUGAUGAAGAAGCGAGAGAAGAAUAUUCUAUAAAAGAAUCUAAUAAUUUUUUUAUUAACAAUGACAAUUCAACAACUCAAACACCAAUACAAGAUAAUAUGCGAUAUAUACCAACAUUAUUAUGUGCAAGAAUAGAUAACCCAAAUGGUUUUGAUACAUCUCCAUACGAUAAUAUAGUCAAUGACGAUAGUUUUCGUGUUUACAAUACACAAUGCGACGAUGAUUUUGAUGAUUCAACGUCCCUUAGUAAUGAUUUAGCAAUGUUGUUGAAUAAAACAGAUGAACAAUUAUUUCACUUACAUCCACAUCAUGAUUUAAGUAUAAUUAAAGAAGAAAGUAGUAUGAUUGACGAUAAACCAAAUAUAGAGAAGAACAGCAAUGAAGAAGACGAGAAUAGUAUCCACGACAGCAUACAAAUUUUGUACAAUUUGAUAAAAAAACCACAUUGGACUAGAAUAUCCUCAUCACCACCACAAUUGCCUGACAGGACGCGUGCUCUAUCUCCAUCUGAAGAUGAAGUCGACACAGAUAAAUAUACUUUAAACGAAGAAGAUGAUUACGACUAUAAUUUGAUUGAAUUAUCAUCACAAAUGAUCCAGAAUGAUCAGAAGCGUUCUUUUUCAAAUGAUUCUGUUCAGUCGAAUUUGUCUACAUCUCAUCAACGGAAAAAACGUUGUAAUAAAAAUGAAAGUGAAAGAACACAUCUGGCUGCAUCGUUUAAAACCGAUUAUAAACAAGGCAAUGAGAAUGAUCCAGAACUAGAACAGGACGAUGAAUAUUGCAGUGAUGAAAACGAUGAUUAUGAUGUUAAAAAAGGUCAGGAACUUAUACGAGCGUUUAUACGUGAUACGUUAUCAAAAAAAUCAUCGAAUCAAAAUCAUUCGUCUGAGUCUAUACAAGAACCAGAAACGAUUUGUUGUCCACUGAACACACCUUUAACAACGUCAAAUUCAAGUAGUAAUGCGUCAUCAACAAAAUCCUGUUCCUUUUUGUCCGCAUCAAGACAGAAAACAACUUAUAAAGAACAGGAAAAUUCUAAUUAUUAUCGUAGCAAAAGUACACCGGCUCUUACAAAACCCAGAUGGAACAGAGACACAUACCGAUCAAAACAGGAUAUUUGCAAGGAUCAUAUCACCCAAUCCGAGCAUUCAUCAUCUACGAACAUUAUUCAAGUCCAUCAAACUCGCACAUCAGAACUUCGACUUCGUCAAGCACAACAAAAGCAGCAACGACAACAGCAACGUAAUUAA